AUGAUGCCUCCGCGCCGCCGCCCCUCCUCCGACUACCACGGCGUUCGGGCGUGGCCGAGCGGCCGGUUCGACGCGGAAAUCCGCUCCGACGACGAGCGGAUCCGCCUCGGCAUGUUUGAUACGGCGCACGAGGUGGCGCGGGCGUACGACGCCGUCGCCUGGCGACUGGACCGCUCCCGCCGCACCAUGAACUUUCAUGAUGUGUUCACGCGGGAGCAGGCGGAGAUGCUCGCGCCGCCGGUGAUCACUCGCGAGCAGCAGCGCCGACAGCGGGAGUUGGAGCAGCGCCUCCUCAUUGCCGAGCGCGACGAGGCAAUGCGCCUCGAGUGGGCACGCUGCUUCCCCGAAGACGUCGCCGCCACGGAAGCCUUCUACGCGCAGAAGGAGGAGGAGAAGUUGUUUGAUUAA